CAUGUGGCUGUUCGGAAAGCAGUUCUGCAAAGUGUGGAUCUCUUUUGACGUCAUGUUCUGCACAGCGUCCAUCGUUACCCUGUGCUUCAUUAGCCUGGACAGAUACUGCUCCGUGGUGACUCCUUACCAUUAUUCCAAGAGAAUGUCACGGCACAGAUGUAUCCUUAUGACUGUGACCAUUUGGGUUUAUUCUUCCUUGAUAUCUUUCCUUCCCGUCAUGCAAGGCUGGAACGAGAUCCCUGGUAUAGACUUUGACGACGGGAAAGAAUGUAUAUUUGUAACAAAUUGGACUUUUGCUAUUGUGGCCUCAUCGCUGGCCUUCUACAUUCCAUUUAUGAUCAUGUGCACCAUGUACUUCUUCAUCUACAAGGCUUCUCGGUUAAAAGCCACCCGCAUUGUCUCUCAGACGCUGGACCUUCAUUACCAUCCAAACAGCAAUCGGCAAAAUAACUUGCAACUGGAGAAUAAAGCCACAAGGACUAUGAGUAUCAUCAUUUCUGUGUUUGUGAUGUGCUGGUUACCCUACUUUGUCCUAAAUGUAUGGAUUGCGGCAAAGGGAACCAGUUCCACCAGCGCUGUCCUAGUCAACGCUUUCAAGUUUAUUACAUGGCUGGGGUACUGCAAUUCCACCAUCAACCCCAUGCUGUAUGCUUUUCUAAACAGGGACUUCCAGAGGGCCCUGAAGAAGUUGCUUAUCUGUAGACGCUGGAGGUCUCAGGUGGACAUCGGUGAGGAUAUGGUCUCGAUAGUAACUUUUUCCAAGACCGCCCAAGAUCCGGAAUACAGCAUUAAGUUACCGAUGGCAAACUGUGUUCUAAAAGGCAAACAGGCUAUGAAAUGCACACCUACAAUUCAUUACUGAUCAAAGUUCUGAGCACAUCUGGUUUCAUAUCUCGUGAAAACUUAAGUGGACUUCUUUGUGCUAAAAUGACAAUAUUUGCCGGAUUUACACAGACAACAAAUCAAAGAACAGAGUGCUUUCUGCUUUGUUUCAACAUUUACUUUCUUCCACUCUCGAUAAGGAAAUCCUCGGAUUAAAAUCACAAAAAAAUAGAAAUAUUUUAAGAUAUUUUUCCCGAUCGACAGGGGGUUCUCCUGCGCAAUAAGACGUGAAUGUUUUCUACGCUUUCUAACGAACCUUUUCAUAUUCUUUGUAACCCCCCAGCAUGCAAAUCAACUCAUUGUGCUACAGACGUUCUUCAACUUUAUUACAGAUGAUUUGUUCAAUGUAGCCUUCGGAAAAAAAAGAAAAACCCAACAAAGCAAUGAGUCCUACUGGCGGCAAUUUCACAGCUCUAACAAAUAGAAAAACAUGAUUUAACUACCAAUCACUGUGACAAACAGCAGGAUCUCGUGCUGUUUCCAGAAAGGGAGCUAAAAGCAAACCACCCGCCACACAUUUCCAAUUUUAUGGGUCAGCAGUGCAAUGAAAUAAAACAGCUGGGCGCGUUCUCAGUCAUAAAUCAAAGAGGUCAUCAAAUGUAAUUGCCUUCUCUGUAAUGAAAGCUAGAAUCCUCUUUGUUGGGACAUGGUUUUGGAAAUAUAAUGUAGUACUUUAGUAAAUCUGGUACUCACACGCAAUCCUAAACAUAUGCUCUUCAUAUUGUGCUGGCUUGAGUUUGUCAUGGAAUGGCCAAAGAUGGCGGUCAAGAGGCUCUCUAGAGAAGCAAGGUGCGAUGACGAUAACAUCACAACGAUGCGUCUAUUACUUGUUUGAAAUUAAACAAUAUAUUGUACCAUA